AUGAUAAUAAGGGGGCGUGGACUCGUAUCUCUCGGCACUCACUUUCUCGCGACUCGUAGUCGUCUUCUCCACUUCGAUACUCCUCUCUCUUGCCUCGUUUCUCUUGUUGUUCCUCGCCGCCGCCCUACUCCACGGUUGUUUUGUUCUUCUUCUUCUUCCUCUUUCUCGUCCUCUAACAAUACCGGAGCUGCAUCAUUGCCGUUAACACCACCGGGAGACAUGGCGGAAUCGAGAUCUCCUCCUGUGGCGAAGAAAGUGGAGCAUGUGAUGGAGAUGUUCAGUGACGUUAGGGUUGACAAUUACUACUGGCUCCGUGACGAUUCUCGUUGCAAUCCCGAUAUGCUUUCUUAUCUCCGUGAAGAAAACGACUACACUGAUUACGUCAUGUCCGGGACCAAGCAAUUUGAGAAUCAGCUGUUUGGUGAAAUAAGAGGGAGAAUCAAAGAAGAUGAUAUAUCUGCGCCUCUACGCAAGGGUCCUUACUACUAUUAUAAGCGAUAUCUUCAAGGAAAGGAGUAUGUUCAGAACUGCAGGCGUUUGAUCCCUGACAACAAAACUGAGCCUUCUGUGUAUGAUACUAUGCUAACUGGUCCUGAUGCUCCUCCUGAGCAUGUGAUAUUGGAUGAGAAUAUCAAGGCUCAAGAGCAUGACUACUACCGAAUUGGUGCCUUCAAGACCAGUCCCGAUCAUAAAUUGGUGGCAUAUGCUGAGGACACAAAAGGUGAUGAAAUUUAUACAGUAACUAUCAUCGACUCUGAAUCCCUAAAACCAGUGGGGGUACAGCUGAAAGGACUGACUUGUUAUCUUGAAUGGGCUGGUAAUGAUGCUUUGGUCUACAUAACUAUGGACGAAAUCCUGCGACCUGACAAGGUUUGGUUACAUAAGUUGGGGACAGAGCAGAGCAGUGAUGUAUGCCUUUACCAUGAGAAGGAUGAUAUGUUUUCUCUUGAUCUUCACGCUUCUGAGAGCCACAAGUAUAUAUUUGUUGCAUCUGAAAGCAAAACGACAAGAUUUGUCUUCUCACUUGAUGUGUGCAAGCCUCAAGAUGGACUUAGGGUGUUGACUCCUCGUGUAGAUGGCAUUGAUUCAUCUGUCAGUCAUCGUGGGAACCACUUUUUCAUUCAGAGAAGGAGCACUGAAUUUUACAACUCAGAAUUGGUCGCCUGUUCAGUUGAUGACACAUCGAAGACAACUGUUCUGCUUCCACAUAGAGAAAGUGUAAAGAUUCAGGAAAUUCAGCUUUUUCGAGAUCAUCUAGCAGUAUUCGAGCGUGAACAGGGUCUGCAGAAGAUAACAGUUCAUAGGCUUCCUGCUGAGGGACAGCCACUGGAAGGUUUUGCUACAGUUCCUUGA